AUGUCGUCUUCCACGUCAGAACGUCAGCCUUCGACUGCCCCUAAGAGAAAGAAGAACCAGCCGUCAUCCGAUUCAACUUCUAAAAGAAGGAAGGACCAGGCAACGUCAACAGAACCAGCGGUAGAUCUUGGACCUAAGUUCGACGAGCUGUGGAAGAAAAUUGAAGAAGAACUGGAGUCCGCAAAAACUGUCAUCAAUGUUCAUGUCGACGAAAUUGAGGAAGAGGUCCGCAACAUGCGGGGCGAGGUCAAAAAGCUGAAUUUGCCGCAGAUGGUGAACGACGUAAGAGCUUUUACUCAACGUAUGAUUGUACUCGAAUGCGAAAUCAGGAAAAGUCUCGAUGAAACCGGACUGAAACGACGUUUGGAAUGCAUUGAAAGAAAGCUAUCGGAGAUUAGCAAAGCCGUAAAGCCCACGAAAACGGAGCAGCUUGAGGGACGCAAAAGGCUGGAAAUAUCCUCAGGAAAUUCGGGCCGCCGUUCGGAGGAAUCAGAGAAGACCGUGCGGAGCCAAAGCCGAGAUGCCGAUGCUGAGGGUAGACCCAAUGAGGACGAUAUCGAGAAAGAAACGAGGGAGCUGCAGGCGGAAAUUGCUGCCCACAGUAAGAAGUUGACGAAGACGAAACAUGAGCUUUUCUCGCUCAAGCAUCGCAUCGAACAGACGUGGAAGAAGAUUGAGUCAGAUCCUGACGGCGUCAAAAGAAGAAUCGACGAAAUGAAGAAAGAAAAGCAUCAGCUCAGAAAGAAAGAAGACGAACUCAUGAAGAAGAUCGAGCUUCUCAAGGAUGAACUGCGUUCGCGCUGGGAAAAAGGAAGAAUGCGUCAUUCCUCACCACAGCCAGGACCAUCAUCCCAACGUCGUGGCGGAGUAUAG